AGGGGAGUGACGAGUUAGAAGGCUAGCCAUCUUGUAAUUGAAUAUGGAUUUUAGAUGUAAAUGAUGAUAUUGCAAGCUAGAUUGUAAUUGGAGAUCGUAUAAAUUCAUUUAGUGGAUUGUUAGUUUACAAGAGAUUUGAUUUGGAGAUUUUGAGGUUAAGUCAUGUGGACAUAGAAAAGAAAUUUUGAAAUAUCCGAUCUGAGUUAUGGGAUUGUCAGAUGUGAAUUGGAUAAGUUCCGAGCCUUGUGCAUUUGUGGGACCCACUCACGAGUGCACGGCGUCUGUCGCGCCUCGAAUUCGGGUUUUGGGGCGUGACAGAUAAAGGAUAAGGAGGAGGAAGUGGGGAAGUUAGUGAGAAAGGGGGGGGGAUUUGUUAAACAUCAUGGACCUCACCAGUGCACAAUGCAUAGAAGCUGCUAAGCUCUAUGGGCCAAGCACUUUAAGUGAAGCUGAAAUGGACAAAUUUUUGGGCGCUGCAGGAGGAGCAGCCAUCCCCAAGAAGCCAAGGAAGAAGUCAAGGACUUCAACCAAUCAAGUGGAUGGGGGAGGAGUUGAAAAGGAGGUCGUGCCUAGCAUUGCAAUCGAAGUGGAGGAGGACGAGCCGGAGCUGCAGUUGAAGAGGAAAAGUAUGGAGGAGAGAGAGGCACUACAGAAGAAGAAGAAAGUGAUGGAGGAGGAGGGGAGAGGAAGUGAGUUGGAGGGGGCUGAGGUACGAGCUCCUAGGAAAAGAAAGGGUCUUGUUCCCCCAUUAUCCUGUCAGAGCAGCCUGUUCGAGGCAAAGAACAUGACGGGGGCAAGAAGGUUUAUCAAUUCCACCUUCCCCGAAGUUGACAAGUGCCAAGCACGGGACGAGGCUCUGAGGAUCUCCGAAAGCGAGCGUGAGGCUCAGGCGAAGGAAAUAACGUUGAUGAAGGAUGCUUUCAUGGAGCUGAAAGAGAAUGUGCAGGUAAAGAAGGUGAAGGCUGAAUAUCCCGAAGUGGAUAUUACAAAGAUCACCUUUGGCGAGCAAGAAGAAGGAGUGGAGGAGAACGGUGAGAGCAUGUCAGCAGACUUUCAUCCUCAGAUCAAACUGAGGUGGGAGCAUGAUGCAGACGGACGUGCUGUUUUCCCUCCACAAUUCGACUUCGAGUUCGUUGCAGUGGAGGAAGAAGGGGCAGAGGUAGAGGAAGAAGAAGUGGAGGCAAGAGGGGAAGGAGCUGAAGUGGAUGAGAGCCAACCAAUUCCAAAAGUGGAGAUUCAUCCAGUUCCUUUUGACGAUAAGCAGCCUCCUCUGCCAGACGAGCAGCAGCCAACACAGCCACCUCUUCCAGCUGAGCAGGAGCUAGUGGAGCCACCUCCCCCAGUAGAGAAAUAAUUUUUGUUUUUUAAUUUUUGUAAAAACACUUAAACAAUUUCUAAUACUGUUAUUACGUUGAAUGAAAAUUCAUUUUUGAAGUCAUGUGUUUGUUUGUGUUUGCUUUACAUCUUUGGUAUUAUAUAUUGAUAGAAGAACUGAGAUUACUUUGGAUAUGUUAUAAAUGAAAGUUAAUCAU